AUGAGCCACAAGGAUGGCGAGCUGGAGAGCUGCCAGCCGCUGGUGUUCACGGCGCACGAGCUGGAGUGCAAGAUCUGCUACAAUCGCUACGACGCACGGGCCCGCAAGCCCAAGCUCCUCAGCUGCUGCCACCGGGUCUGCGCGAAGUGCCUGCGCAAGAUGGUGGCCAUGGGGGAGUCCUCGCCCCGCCUGCUCAGCUGCCCUUUCUGCCGGCAGGAGACCCAGGUCCCCGAGGAGGACGUGCAGCUGCUCCAGGAUGACAGCAAGGUGCUGGCAGUGCUGACAUACCACGAGCGGGCAAAGAAGCGUGGCACUCUGCCCUCCCCUGAGGUCAUCCUGUGCCCCAGCGUCCUGGAGCCCUCCCACAGCUCCUCUGACUGCCUGGUCAUCACCAUCCUGGAGGUGCCAGAGGACGUGGCGCCCCCCGAAGGCCUGGGCAUGCUGGACAUGAUACGCCUGUACCGCCCCACCAGCCUGGACUCGCUGCCCUGCCGCGGCCCCAUCCAGAAAUGCCGCUCUUGCACCUGGCAUGCCAUACCCCACUUCAUCCUCUGGAUGCUUUGCCUCAUCUACUUCAGCUCCCUGCCCUUCGGCAUCUACCUCCUGCUCAUUGAGCGCCACAACCUGGGCAUCGUGCUGGUCAGCCUGGUGCCCUCCACCCUCAUUCUCUGUGUCUUCUACAGCUUCUGCCAGUGUCUGUGCCGUGAGAUCUUCGAGUUCCCCUCCACCUGA